GUGAAAUACUUUAGAAAUACAGUGUAUGGCCAUGCUGAGAAUGUUUCUGUGGAUGAUGCUACAUUCAAUGUAUAUUGGCAAGACAUCAAAGAUGCUUUAGUGAGACUUGGAGGAACUGCAUAUGGAGUGGCAAUUGAUGAUCUUAAAAAUGAGUGCAUGGACCCUUUAUUUGAAGAACACUACAGAGAACUUCUAAAAGAAUGGAAAAGAGAUGAUGAUAACACUAAAGACAAACUGGAUGAGAUUCAUUGGAUGCUAGAAGAACUAAUGAAAGCAUCAGCAAGCAAAACACAACCAAGAGGUAAAUUUAUCAGCAGCAAGUUGAUUUGAAGACAGGGAAGGAAAAACAAAAUCUAUGAUGGUGGAAUGAGGAGAAAAAACCAGAAGAAACCACAAACAAACUUAGCAAGAAAUUAGAAGAAUUAUCAACCCUAUUUAUAAUCCUUUUUUCUUUUUUACUUUCCAUUCCUUCCUUUUUCUAUCCUUUUUUGUUCUAUGCUACCUUUUUAGCACUUUCUUUUCCUCCUCCCCCAUUAGUCAUUAUCUUCCCUUUCCCUUUCUCCUUAUCUAAGGUGUAAAUUAAAGAGAGGGAAGGCAUAGCAAUCAGUUACAUGCUUAUUUUACUUUUUGAGAAAAAGUAAACUAAAUGCAUUAAAAAGAGCCUGACUUCAUUGAAACAUUCUUAUUUUGUCUUUAAUUUCUUUGACUUCUUUGAUUUAAUUUUAAUUUCUUUCUUUUUUAAUUUCAUUGAUUGAAAAAUAAUAUUGUUCUGAAAUCAAAAUUAGUCCUUUAUUUACCUCAUAGCAAUAAUACUUUAGUUUCAGAUGUUGAGGAAAUGGUCUGAAAUGAAACUUAAUCCUUCAUUUACCUAAGACCAGUAAUACUUCCAUUUCAGAUGCUGAGGAACCAGCUGAACUGAUACAAAGGAUUCGCCAACUUUAUUUGACACGUGAAGGGCAACUUUCACCAUUUCCUUGGUGUGACCUUGAGCUGAAUGAUAUAUUUACCAGGCCAACCAUUGUCAGGCGAGACAAAACUAGAGGAACAGCUGCAGAACAGGUAACCAGCAUUACUGGAGUCUUAAAACCACACAGUGGAUGCUCCAAGCCCAGAACUGUUCUGAUUGAAGGAGAACCUGGAAUGGGUAAGACAACCUAUUGUCAAAAGGUAGUGUAUGACUGGGCCAAUGGUCAAGAAACAGAUGCUUCUUUCCCAAAAAUUAAAUUGGUUCUCCUGCUCAAAUGCCAUGACAUGUCAGGCAACAUCUGGGAAGCCAUUGAUGAUCAGCUGCUUCCUAAAGAUAUUGAAGAGGAAGAAAGAGAGUACUUCUUCAAGUACAUGCGUGCCAAUCAGUCCCAGGUUCUCUUGGUACUUGAUGGAUUAGAUGAAGCACCUUCCAAUCUCAUGAAGAUAUUUUCUGACCUUGUUGAGAGCAGAGAGCUAUCAAAGUCUCACAUCAUUCUUACAUCCAGGCAAGAGGGUAGUGUUAAGAUAAGAAAGUAUUGUGACACCUUACUUCAAAUACAAGGAUUUGCUCCAGAGAAUUCUCACAAUUACAUCAAACACUACUUCAAAGACUUGGAGGCACAGGGACAAAACCUUUUAAAGGACGUAGAACAAAAUAUUGAACUUGGAGAACUGAUUGUCAAUCCCUUGUUCACAGCAAUGCUGUGUCUUUUUUAUGAAGAUUUUGAAGGUGGUCUGCCUCUAAGCAAGACUCAGUUGUAUCUUGAAAUCACAGAAUGUAUUCUUAAGAGGUUUUGCCAAAAGCAAGGGUUGUCUCACAAUAACGACAACCUAACUGAAGUUUAUAAAGAAGAGCUGGAACAGUUGGGAAGAAUAGCCUUGGAGACCUUGGAGAAAGAUAAAAUGCAUAUUGAAAAAGGUGCCUUUACAGCUACAACUACAAGAAAAUCGCCUCUAUUUGAAUAUUUAUCAGUUCAGUCUAACAGCAGCAAAAGAAGAUCCCAUACAUGUUAUCAAUUUUCACACAAGAGUUUUCAAGAAUUCUUUGCAGGUCUUUAUCUCUCUGACCAAAUUUUGAAAGGGGAAACAGACUUUGAGGGACUGCUUUCAAAUAAACAAGGAAACUUAAAGUCUCUUGAGCCAGUCCUUUUGUUCACAGCUGGUAUUCUCAGCUAUAAAAGUGAAAAGGAUGCCUGUUCUCUUUUAAAAAUGAUUAUCAAGAAAAUUAAUCAUUUCCAAAACUUGGGUUUUCCAAAUUUUUACCUGUAUUUUGCUGUAAAAUGCAUUAGUGAAUGCUCCACAGAAAAUUCAAGACUUCGAUCCCAGAUGAUAAAUUUAUUGGGAAAAAACCUGGAGCUUCAAGAGGUGAUGAUAUCUGACAACAGUUUCCCCAUUAAGUUGUUUGUUGAGGCCCUUCAAGUUAACAGCACACUGACGAAUUUGAUGAUCCCUAUUCCAUUAUCUGGACACCAGUAUGUCAAGUCAUUGGCUGAUAUGCUUCGUGUUAAUAAAACUUUGACUAAAGUUAUUAUCACAGACGAUUUCAUCAGUGCAUAUGGUGUACAACAACUGAUAGAUGCCUUACAGGUUAACACAACGCUGCUCGAGUUAGCCCUUUGUGGAAAUGCAUGGGACAACAAUGGAGCAAGCAUCUUGGCAGGCUACUUGGAGAGGAACAAAACUUUGACUGCCUUACAUCUAAUCCGGAGUGACAUUGGUGAUGUAGGAGCCACAGCACUUGCAGAAGUUUUAUGGACUAACACCACAUUAAACAGUUUGGACCUUUGGAAAAACCCAGGCAUUGGCAAUCCCAGUGUUACAUCACUGUGUGAGGCUCUUAAAGUCAACAAAACCCUUAGCACAUUAAAUUUGUCUGAAACUGGUAUUAGUGAUGCUGGUGUUCUUUCUCUUGUGGAAGUUCUCAAAACCAAUACCAGCAGCCUAACCUCUUUGUCACUGUCAGAAAUUAAAAUUAGUCAUCACAGUGUAAAGUCUAUCGCAGAAGUCUUGAGAGUCAACUCUACUUUGAAAGAGCUUAAAUUUGAAGGAAAUAAGGUUGGUUCUGAUGGAGCGGAGUUGAUAGCUGAGAGCCUUAAAGCCAACACAACCCUGAAACUUCUAAGUCUCUCAAGGAACAACAUCAAAGAACCAUGUGGUGGUAUGUUUUCUGAUGCCCUCAAAGUUAAUGGGACACUGGAAUCUCUGACUUUGGCAGAGAAUGACCUUGGUGUUCAUGGUGCCCAACUUCUAUCAGAAGGGCUCAAAGUGAAUACCUCACUUAGACAUCUGGACCUGUCUGGGAAUUCCAUUGGCACUAAAGGUGCAGAGUCGAUAGCAGAGACCAUCAGAGUUCAUGCUUCAAUGACUGGCUUAAAACUAUCAUGGAACGGUAUUGGUGAUGCUGGAGCUAACAAAGUUUCUGCAGCUCUUAAAGUCAAUGUCCAUUUGAAGGAGCUGGAUCUGUCAUUUAAUGCCAUUGGUGCUGCUGGAGCUGAGUCAAUUGCUGAGGCCCUUAAUAGUAAUGCUACUCUGACUGUUUUAGACCUUGAUUCCAAUGUUAUAGGUGAUAAUGGAGUCCAAUCACUUUGUGAGGCUCUAAAGACAAAUGCCACCUUGACCAACCUGAUUGUUUCUAACAACAAUAUCCAUUCAGCUGGUGCUCAGGCAUUUGAUAAACUCCAAGGACAUAAUAACACCCUAAAGAAAGUAACUUUGAUCAUGAACAAUAUCAGUGAUUUAGGCGAUCAUGGGGAUCAAGAAUUUAAUGAAGUCCCCAUGGUAAGCGUGUCUUCUUUUCCUACUUCACAUGAUUUGUCACUGCGCUUUACUGAUCAAGGAAGCUUUGAUAUACUUGUUUCA